AUGGAGCGAGUGGGAGGUUCCCCGGCUAAUGAAAGAAACAUGGAAGAAUUUAAUGAUUCUAUUGGCAAUUGUGAUUUGUCGGAGGCGCCUUUUGAUGGUUCUUUAUUUACAUGGACGAAUGGUUUUUUGGAUGUGGUACAGCAGGGUUGGGCGAAGCCGGUGGAGGGUGAGGGUAUGACGAAAUUUUAUCAUAAACUGCGGGCGGUUAAGGGUUGUCUGCAAUUAUGGAACGUCCAGGUCUUUGGAAAUAUUUUUAACAAAGUGAGAGAGGCCGAGGCUAUUAUGAAACAACGGGAGGAGCAGUUUGACAAUGGGAGGGAUACAGCUUCCAGAGCAGCGUUGGAGGAGGCAAAGGCGGUUUAUGCAAGGAGUUUGACGUUUGAAUGUAAGUAUUGGAGACAGAAGGCGGGCAUCAAAUGGUUGCAGGUUGGGGAUGCUAAUUUGUCAUAUUUCCAUUCUCGAUGCCGUCAGCGCCGAAAUUUUAAUUUUGUGGCCCGCAUUAAAGACCAAUUAGGAACAUGGUUAGAGGAUAUACAAGACAUAAGGCGGUCAGCGGUGGAGUUCUUUUCAUCUUUGUUUGCAUCUGAACAACAUGGGUGGCACUCUCCGGGGAUUCCUUUUACGGUCCCUCAGCUGUUUGCGGCGGACAAUGGCAUGUUAUCUGCUUUAUCUGACAUGGCAGAAUUAAAGGAGGUGGUUUUUGCAUUGGAGGCAGACAGUGCUCCUGGACUAGAUGGGUUUGGGGCAGGAUUUUACCAGGCUUGUUGGGAUAUUAUUAAGUCCGAUCUAUUGGAGGCGGUACAGGUUUUUUUCCAGGGUAUGCGAUUGCCCAGGAGUUUUACCAGCACUUCUAUUAUUUUACUGCCUAAGAUUGCGGGCGCCAUACAAUGGAAGGAUUUUCGGCCAAUUAGUCUUUGCAACGUCUGUUCUAAAAUUAUUUCUAAGAUCGUCUCUGAUCGGUUGGGUAGGGUUCUUCCUACCUUAGUGUCACCGUGGCAGACUAGUUUUGUACCAGGAUGGGGGAUAACAGAUAACAUCCUUCUCACGCAGGAGCUGUUUUCAGUGUUGGUGAAUGGUGAGGCUGCUGGAUUUUUUAAAUCUUCAAGGGGUGUUCGGCAGGGUGACCCGGUAUCUCCUCACCUUCUUGUGUUAGUUGCUGAAUUUUUAGGUCGUGGGCUGCACCACCUUCUUGAUGGUCAGCCGGGCAGGUAUUUUGUUUUGGCAGUGACUCCGGUGCUCUACCUGGCCUUUGCGGAUGACAUGCUUAUCUUUACAAGAUGCUCAGAGGAGUGCCUGAAUGCAAUCAAGGCUUUUCUAUUGGAGUAUCAAGAAGCUUCAGGACAAAGGGUAAAUGUCAAUAAGAGUUCCUUCUUCUUGGUUUCAGGGGCUACUUUGGGGCAGGAGCAGUUGGUGACUAGGGUUCUGGGUUUUCACAGGCAAUUUUUCCCAUUCACUUAUUUGGGUGCUCCUAUAUAUAAAGGCCGGCGGCGGGGUGCCUUGUUUGAUGGUAUUGUUUCUAAAAUGCGGACCCACCUAGGACACUGGAGUACUAAGUUGCUCUCAUUUGGGGGUAAGCUGGUCUUAGCACGGCAUGUCCUAGCUUCGUUGCCUAUGUACUUACUUCAGGUGUUGAAUCCUCCAAAGGCUGUGCUUACACGUUUGGGCAAGAUUUGGGGUCUGGGAUUUCGGUCCUUUAAGGACAUGGCAAGGGCUUUUGCGGCUAAAUUAUGGUGGAGGCUUAGGCUUGGAGAUUCCAUUUGGGCAGAGUUCAUGCAUGCCAAAUACAUCAAAGGUAUUCAUCCAUCGGAAGCGUCGGCAAUGCGGUCUACAGAUAUUUGGAGACGUAUUGAGGCGAUACGUCCAAUAGUUGAGCAAAACAUUAGGUGGUGUUUAGGGAAAGGCCUUGUGGAUUUUUGGAAGGAUAGAUGGGUUCUACAUGAGCCAUUAGAGAGUGUUGUGGGUCGUUCUGAGGGGCCGCUUUUUCUUGUCUCGGAGUUUAUUACUAGGGAUGGAUGGGAUGAAAUGCGUCUUGCCCAGUGGGUUUCGGGUUUUGUCAUCCAUGCGAUCAAAGACAUACCCCUCGAUUUAUCUCAGAAAGAUAGGAUGGUUUGGUUGCCUUCGCCGACGGGUUGUUUCUCGGUUAAGUCGGCAUGGGAGGUGCUUCGGCAAAGGAGGCAUCAAUCCUUGGUCGACUCCUUACUAUGGCCUUCGGUUUUGCCAGCAAAAAUGUCUUUUUUUGCUUGGAGAUUGGUGCGUAAUUUCCUCCCUUUGAAUGUGACGUUGCGUUCUCGGGGUUUGUCAUUUCUCUCUAGAUGCGGGUGUUGCGACCUGGAGGAGGAGGCUCUUUUGCAUGUGUUUUUAACUGGACCGCUCGGGAGAGCAAAUAAGCUUCGUCGGUCGCACUUCACGGGGGAUGCAGAUUGUGAUUUGCUACAAUUAAUCAAAGCCCCUCCUCGGAGGAGGACCCCUUGUGUGAUUGCCUGGGAGAAACCGCCACCUGGUUUGCUUAAGUUCAAUUCGGACGCCAGCGUGAAUCAUGGUAGGGCCACGAGUGGUGGACUAGUGCGUGAUUGUCAGGGGUUGAUUUUUGCUUUUUACAAAGAAUUUGGAGAACAGGAUGUGUUGGAGGCAGAAAGUAUGGCAUUACUGUUUGGUCUACAGUUGUGUUUACAAAGGGGGUUUCGUCCUUCGUUGGUAGAGGUGGAUUCCAAAGCCUUGGUGCAGUUGGUUGUCUCUGGGGUAAUUGCUAAGUGGCCAUUAUGUAAUAUUUUGAGGAAAGUUAGAGGUCUUCUGGAGGGCUUUUCGGCCUUCAUCUCACAUAUUUUCCGUGAGGCAAACUCACCUGCAGAUAGGUUAGCGGCUAUUGGGGCAGUAGGCGUACGGGUUUAUGAUCAUGUUCAACAACUGCCGGCGAUCGUUCGGGCUUCUCUUAUUCUUGACUCACGUGGGGUGCCGGGGGUUCGAUGGCUGAAUGAGGAGGGAUAG